AUGAUGAAAUCAUAAAGGCUUAUAUAAAACUUGACAUCUAAUGGCAUCCAAUAUAUUUUAGAAAAUAAUAUUUUUAGAAUAAAAACCCUCAUAAUAAAUAAGAACCUUAAGAUAAUUUUUAUUUAAAUUGGAGAACCUUAUUUUGUAUUAUCUGAUAAAGAUAAAAGAGCUAUUUAUGAUGGUAGUUUAUUUUAACGAUUCUAAGGUUUUUUUGGUUUCGGAGAUGGAUUUGUUCCUUUUACAUAAUUUGAGGGUUUCUUUAAAAACUUUGGAAUGGAUGAUAAAGAUUUUGGUUUGAUUGAUAACUGUUGGAGAAAGGAAACAAAAACAUAUUUAUUACAAAAUGGAUAAACAAGUAAUGGAUCAAAAUACAUAAAACAUUAAUGA